AUGCGCCGCGCUCGCUUGGGAGCCCUUGUCCAUCGCUCGGGGGGAUCCCAGCGCUGCCCGAUGGCCGUGGGGACCUGCAGAGUUGCUCAUGAUGCAGGAGAUCCCUCCCCGUCCGCACUGGAGGCAGCUCCCUGGGGACCGGCUGCCCCUCAGGACUUAAGUACUAUCUAUUCCUUCCUUCAUGGACUGGACAUCCUCUCGCAUUUCAGGGAACAUCAAUUAAGGAUAAUGUCAUCGAGUGCCCGCUACGAACGGUACAAGGGCAACCAGGUUCUCUUCUGCUCAGAAACUAUAGCAAGAUGCUGGUACAUACUGCUUUCGGGAUCUGUGCUGAUGAAGGAUUCCAUGUUUUUGCCACCUUGCAGUUUUGGCAAGCAGUCUGGAGGGAAACGGGGAUGCGAAUGUAUCAUACUGGAGCCUUCAGAAAUGAUUGUGGUGGAGAACUCCAAGGAGAAUGAGGAGAGCAUCCUGCAGAGGGAGGUCCCCGCCAGGCAGUCCCGCCGCAGGUUCCGCAAGAUCAACCAGCGGGGGGAACGACAGACCAUCACGGACAACGUGGACGCCAGCAGCUACCACUCGCUGCCGGCGGAUCUCACCAAGAUGCACCUUACGGACAACCCGCACCCGCAGGUCACCCACGUGCCCUCGAGCCAGUCGGGCUGCAGCAUCGCCAGCGACUCGGGGAGCAGCAGCCUCUCCGACAUCUAUCAGGCUACAGAAAGUGAGAUGGGAGAUGUUGAUUUAACAGGUCUUCCAGAAGCACCUGUAGACUCUGAAGAUGAAGAAGAAGAAGAAGAUGAAGAUAUUGACAGAACUUCAGACCCCCUUCUCGGGCGAGAUGUUGUGCGAGAGUGCCUUGAGAAAGAGCCUGCAGAUAAAACAGAUGAUGAUAUUGAGCAAUUAUUGGAAUUUAUGCACCAGCUCCCCGCCUUUGCAAACAUGACUAUGUCUGUAAGAAGAGAACUUUGCUCUGUGAUGAUAUUUGAAGUGGUAGAGCAGGCAGGAGCCAUCAUACUGGAAGAUGGGCAAGAACUCGAUUCUUGGUAUGUUAUUUUAAAUGGCACAGUGGAAAUCAGUUAUCCUGAUGGGAAAAGCGAGAGCCUCUGUAUGGGCAAUAGUUUCGGGAUUACUCCGUCUCUGGACAAGCAGUACAUGAAUGGCAUGGUUAGAACCAAAGUUGAUGAUUGUCAGUUUGUAUGUAUAGCCCAGCAAGACUACUGGAGGAUUCUGAACCACGUGGAAAAAAACACUCAUAAAGUGGAGGAGGAAGGAGAAAUUGUUAUGGUGAAGGAACACAGGGAGCUGGAUCGCAGCGGCACCAGGAAAGGACACAUAGUUAUCAAGGCAACACCUGAGCGACUCAUCAUGCAUUUAAUAGAAGAACAUUCUAUUGUGGAUCCCACCUACAUAGAAGAUUUCCUUUUAACGUACAGAACUUUUCUAACAAGCCCCUUAGAAGUUGGCAAUAAGCUCCUGGAGUGGUUCAAAGUGGACAGCCUCAGGGAUAAGGUUACCAGAGUGGUCUUAUUGUGGGUGAACAACCAUUUUAAUGACUUUGAAGGAGAUCCUGCAAUGACACGAUUUCUGGAAGAAUUUGAAAAAAACUUAGAAAAUACGAAAAUGAAAGGCCAUCUCAGAUUGCUGAAUAUUGCUUGUGCUGCCAAAGCAAAAUGGAGACAAAUUACCCUGCAAAAACCUUCCAGAGACUCGCCACUCUUUUUCAGCCUCCUUGGAGGAAGUGAUAAAGGUUUUGGUAUUUUUGUAGAGACUGUGGAAAUGGGCAGUAAAGCAGCAGAAGCUGGACUUAAGCGUGGUGAUCAGAUAAUGGAAGUAAAUGGACAGAAUUUUGAGAAUAUUACGUUUGUAAAAGCUCUGGAAAUCUUAAGGAACAAUACACAUCUCUCCAUUACUGUAAAAACAAACAUUUUUGUGUUCAAAGAACUGCUUUGCAGGAUAGGACAAGAAAAGAACGGGAUCCCACAUAUUCCCAAAAUUGCAGAAAAGAAAAACAACCGUUACUCCAUCCCAGAUAUGCCUGGAGAUGUGGAGCAGAUGUUUCCACGUGAAAAAGCAAACAAGAAAAUCAAAGCUAACACUGUGUCUGGUGGGAGAAACAGAAUCAGGAAAAUUUUAGACAAGACACGGUGCAGCAUCUUGCCUCCAAAACUGUUCAGCGACGGCAGCGUGAGCCAGUCGCAGGACGACAGCAUCGUGGGGACGCGGCAGUGCCGCCACAGCCUGGCCAUCAUGCCCAUUCCUGGCACGCUCUCAUCCAGCAGCCCGGACCUGCUGCAGCCCACGACGAGCAUUCUGGAUUUCUCUAAUCCUUCAGCUGUUGGGUUUUACUAUAUUCCGGAUCAAGUAAUCCGAGUUUUCAAAGCAGAUCAGCAAAGUUGCUACAUUAUAAUCAGCAAGGACACUACGGCCAAGGAGGUGGUGAGCCACGCGGUGCACGAGUUCAACCUGACGGGAGCCCCGGACACCUACUCGCUCUGCGAGGUCUCCGUGAGCCCCGAGGGGGUCAUCAAGCAGCGGAGGCUUCCCGACCAGUUCUCCAAACUCGCAGACAGGAUUCAGCUCAAUGGGCGGUACUACCUGAAAAACAACAUGGAGACGGAGACGCUCUGCUCGGAUGAGGAUGCUCAGGAGUUACUGAGGGAAAGCCAGAUUUCCCUCCUGCAGCUUAGCACCAUUGAAGUUGCCACGCAGCUUUCCAUGAGAGACUUUGAAUUAUUUCGGAAUAUUGAGCCUACGGAGUACAUUGAUGACCUUUAUAAGCUGGACUCCAAAACAGGGAACGCUCGCCUAAAACAGUUUGAGGAUGUCAUAAAUCAAGAGACAUUCUGGGUUGCCAUGGAAAUUUUAGCAGAGCCCAACCAACUCAAAAGAAUGAAGAUUAUUAAGCAUUUCAUUAAAAUUGCCCUCCACUGUCGAGAAUGCAAGAAUUUCAAUUCCAUGUUUGCGGUUAUAAGUGGGUUAAAUCUAGCACCAGUCGCACGUCUCAGAGGUACGUGGGAAAAGCUACCAAGCAAGUAUGAAAAGCACCUCAGAGACCUUCAAGAUCUUUUUGAUCCGUCUAGAAACAUGGCAAAAUACCGCAACAUCCUCAGCAGUCAGAGCAUGCAGCCUCCAAUUAUUCCCCUCUUCCCUGUUGUCAAGAAGGAUAUUACAUUUCUGCACGAAGGGAAUGAUUCCAAGGUGGAUGGCCUGGUGAAUUUCGAGAAGCUCCGAAUGAUCGCCAAGGAAAUCCGGCAGGUGGUCAGGAUGACCUCGGCCAACAUGGACCCGGCCGUGAUGUUCAGGCAAAGGAAGAAGAGGUGGAGAAGUUUGGGGUCCCUGAGCCAGGGCAGUACGAACUCCAACAUGCUUGACGUGCAGGGAGGUGCCCACAAGAAACGGGCCCGGCGCAGCUCGCUCCUCAACGCCAAGAAGCUCUACGAGGAUGCCCAGAUGGCCAGGAAGGUGAAGCAGUACUUGUCCAACCUCAACGUGGAAACGGAUGAGGAAAAGAUCCAAAUACUGUCGCUUCAGUGUGAGCCUGCAUAUAGCACUUUGACAAAGAAUUUAAGUGAGAGAAGAGGGGCAAAAUCCUCAGAAAUGUCUCCAGUACCUAUGAGAUCAAUUGGCCAAAGCACUAAAGCCCAUCAGCAUCAGCAGAACAGAAUGAGCCAAGUGCUGCAGGUUCCGUCCGUGAAUUUAUACCCCAGCCGGAAGAAGGGACUGACGAAGGAGCACGUCACGUUCAGCACAGGCUCCCCGCAGAAGUCCUUAAGUUUGUCUGAGGAAGUAAGUACCAAGAAGCAAACAGAUGACACUCUGUCCAUGGCAUCUUCCUUGCACUCCAGCCCACCUGCUUCUCCUCAGGGCUCUCCCCGCAAAGUUGGAAACAUCCAGAGGGCUGAUAACUGCAGUCAGAUGAAUCUGUCUGGGUCUUCCUCGUCCCUUGCCAGUGAAGCCAGCAACAAGAACAGCGGGCAGCGCAGCUACGGAAUAGGUGGGGCUUAUUUGCAAAAGAAAAUUCAGGAGAUGAUUGUCAAGGCAAGAGACAGUUCUGACGUGUGUGAAAAGGGAGAAAGCAAGCAGGCGAGUGAAAAGGCAGACCUUGAGCUUGAGCGCAGGAGAAGGAAAGGAACCCUCUUUGGAAGACUUAGGGAAAGCAGUUUCUCCAGGGAAAGAACAGCUUUUACAGCCAAAAGGGAAGCAGAGCACACGCAAGCCUCAGAGAGGAGUGAGAAGCAAGAGGACAUAGACAGUGAUACUCUGAGUACAGCAAGUAUCUAUGGCAACAGCAGCCUGCUGGCACUUUACUGUCUACAGAGGAGGACUAAAAGAAGGAGGAAGACAAUUUGA